UAUUAACUAUUUAAUUAUUGACAAAUAUAACACAUCACUGGAAGCAAAAAGUGCUUUUAAUAUCAAACUGGCAUAAGUUUGUCAAAGUAACGGACUGUUCAUCUAUGGGUCGUAAUAAAAGAUGUUUAUAUUUUCUCUCAAGAUCUCUUCGUGCAGAGAAGGUAAAGAGUAAAGUGGCGUAGCAUGGGCGACAACUCUAUUGAAUUUUGUGUUUUCAAUUUUCAGAUGCUGUGUGCAGGGAGAUAUAAAUGCCAAGCUUAUUUUAAGAAUUUCUUGAAGUGUAGGUCUACUUUCUAUGGAUUUUUGAGGCUUUAACUGUGUGCGAAGUGCUGUUUCAGUGUAAGACUUCCAUACAAGGUGCUCUGCAGGAAGAAAUGCAAUGAAAUAGCUCCGCUCCAAUUAUUCCUCGUAAGAUGGAGGUCACCCUGACAAGAGCGAUGGUGGAUGUGGUGAUCCCAGCUGCUGGCAGCAGUCAGCGAAUGAACCUCCCUACGGCCAAGCAGUUCCUCAAAGUCAUGGGCAAGCAUAUCCUUGCCUACACAGUAGAGAGCUUUCAUAGGGUUCUGUGGGUGCGGCGGAUUGUUGUGGUGGCUGCUGCAGAUCAAGUCGUGUUUACUCGGGAGCUGUUGCAGAGCUACGGAUUCACAAAGGUCCGAGUGUGUGCCGGCAAUACUACCCGCCACAGAUCCAUCCAUUGUGGGGUGAAAGCAUUACAAGAAGAUUGUGCUGAGUCUGAUGUCGUUGUUAUUCAUGAUGGUGCUCGACCUUUUGUGCCUGAGGAGGUGCUGCUCAAGGUCACAGAAGCAGCUCGUGUGCAUGGUGCAUCAGGUGUGACCAGGCCACUUGUGUCGACUGUGAUCAGGGGAGAUGUCGAUCUAAAGCUGGUUGAGUCUCUGGACCGCCGCCUCUACAGGAACAGUGAGAUGCCUCAAGCCUUUCAGUACGGGGUCAUUGCUGCAGCUUAUGAAAAGUGCUCAGAGGAUGACCUGGAGCAUGGCACGGAGUGUCUACUGUUGGCCAUGAACUACUCCCACUGUCACGCAAAGCUGGUGGAAGGUUCUGAGGAGCUUUGGAAGGUGACUUACCAAAAGGACAUUUAUUCUUUGGAAUCUACCAUUAAAGAGCGACAGACUGUGGUGUCCAUAUUAGGGCAAAGUAGCUUGAGAGAAAAAGUGCACUCUGAUCUGUGUAUGAGACUACAUCAAAGGAAUCUUUGUGUGGUCGAGCAGGGUGACCCAGCCAACACAUUUGUUGUACUUGUUGAACCAGACGAGCCUUUCACUAACAGAGUCAACCUUUGUUCUCAAAUUGAGACAUGCUACGCUGCUCUACCAGAAUCUGCAGUAAAGCUUGGUGUCUUUGUGCUUCUACUGACUCAUGCUAAACCUCAAACAGCAUCUCCGGGAAAUCUAUGCGCAUCUAAAAAGAAUGCAACAGUUAUUGAAGGAUCUGGAGAAGAGAAUCUCUUGUCUUCCUCAGAUACAGUCGAUGAGGAACCCCAUCAUAUUACCAUCCCCACCAAAACAGAGACAUAUAAAUGUAAAGAUUUUUCUGGGAACAAUAUCACAAGUGAACGGACGAGUGAGCACACCAGAACUUCCUCAAAUAUCUCCACAAAUGUGUCACUUUCAUGUUGUAGACCACCUUCAUUUUGUGGUGAGUUGACAGAUCAAGGUCUCAGCACUUCUAAUAGCACUCAUGAUGGGGAAUCGGAAAAGCACAACAGUUUUAGUUUGUCUCUGGAUUGUCGACAAAAAGGAAACCAGAAUUUGCCGCAGAUGAUUCAGCAGAGGCUGAAGAAGAAAGGGAACAAUGGCUGUACUGUCUUGCAGAUUGUUUACUCUAGCUCUACGGAAACUCUUGGUAAACUUUUGGAUGAACUCAUCUGGCAGAGAGGAAGUUACUUGGAUGGGCAGACUCUGUCUGUGGCUUGAGCUUCUCCCCAAGAGAUUGACUGUCUGCUACCAUAUUCAUGGUGCUAUGCUCUGGCCUAGCCAUAUGAUUGGUUUUGAAAAAAAUAUUUUCAACAAAACAAAGUUGCUCUUUAAAUAUUAUAAGUGAACACAAAAGUAAACUGAAAGUUCUUUUAUAUUAUUUGCAGUCUGACUCCUGAUUUUAAAAAAAUUAACUAUGACCUGCAGUUGACUUAUUUCUUCCAGAUUUAUUGUUAGAGCUUAGUACCAUUGAUGAUAUGUUGCUGUACCUUUUGAAUGCGUGACCACCACCGUGUGUUCUUCUCGAGUGGUGAUGCCUUUACUCAGUUGGGUGUUGUUGGGCAACUGCCAGCAAUGUUGUGAUUUGUUAAUUGAUUUAUUAAGGAAACUUUCCAUGCUUGAAAACUCAAUGAAGAUCAUUUUUACUUACAUUUAAGUCAUGUUUAUUUCAUUUCUGCAGGGAAGUCUUGCACUUUGAGCCAAGGAGGCAAAAUAAUUCUGGCUACAGAGCUGCAAAGUUCUUUGAACCUCUCACAGGCUCUAAUAGCUAUGGGACUGUCAUGUGGUGCAGUGUACUGUCUCUGUUUUUUCCGUGCAUGGUAGACCCAAUUGACAUACACUACUUUCAGUCAGCAAUUCUUUUACUUUGUUCACUGUCUGUGUCACCUGAGGGGUCUGACAGUGGGACCAGCAGAGGGUCUGGUGAUGGGACUAGCACACUUCCCUAGCACUUCAAUAAAAUUGGAAUUCUGUCUUUCAUGCAUUUACAGCUUCCAGCAGCUUCUCCUCAGUGUAGUCUUAGUGUCUCGUAACGCUAGGCUUUAGGACAUGUGGUCUUGGCAUUGCCAAAGCUCAUAGGAGGUUCUGGGUAAUUUUUUAAAAGAUUGAAGGAGGCUAUAAAAAAAUUUCAUUCGUCAGUUGCCCACGUUUUCAAUUCGAAGGAUGACUUUAGAUAAAUAUGAGUGCCUCGGGAUGGAUUCAAAUACCACAUUCUUUAAUUGUCCUUUACCGUAACAUUAACCGUUUGAUUUAAAGAGGCACUCUUUCAGUUCCAAAAGGAGUCUGAAUCACUUGCCUUCUCAGCUGUGUUCUCUGGUGGCUGCCUUACUUCCUGAUCAUAGUCGGAGACAUCACUUUUGCGAUGUAAGUCAUGAUUCAAUGAUGAUGAAAGCUCAUGAUUUAGUGAGAAUGAAAGCUUGUAAUAGUACAAAUACAGCGAACCAUCUCCAUGCAUAUAGUGCUACAUGGACAAACUUCUACUCUCUUACUGUGUACAGUGUACAUGUGCUACCCUCCCGGCUACUAGGAUUGAGACCUACUUUGAUAUUUCUCUUUAUUAGAGUGUAUGGGUGUGUAACCUUCAGAGGAAUAAGACAUGAAAUAUGUCAUUAGGGAAAGGGUUAAGAACUUGGUGUAAAUACUUCGAAAUUUUUACAUUAAUAUUUUACUUUAUGAUUUUAGAAAUAAACUAGAUUUUUAGCUGUACAAACUUUCAUGACUCGUUUCAUGUUAUGAUGCUGUUUUAGCUGAGCACACUCACUCUUCCUUUGUUUUUCUGUUUUCUGUACAAAGUUUAUGAUUUAUAAGACAAAUGUGGUUGGUUUUUGGGCACCUUGAAAGGUCCUACUUUUUUUUCUGCUUACAGUUCUGUCUGUAUACCUUGCUCUUUCCCAGCACUUAAUGCCUAGUCAACGUUUUUCUUUUUUCUUGUGGGUGAUUAGCGCGUGUUCUGUUGUUGUUUGCUCCAUUUUUCCUAUCAAACAUCUAUCGUAAUUAUCUGUCCUCCUCCUCCUUUUCUCUGUUUGUUACUCUCCAACACCUCUAGUCUUCUGCAAUUGCAUGACCUAUUUGCGUUGCAGGUGCGAUAAAAGUCUGGCUUAACCUGGACUUCUUUUUGCAUAAAAAAAGAAACAUGAAACAAAUAAGACUGAAGACUGAGAGCCUGGUUUUGCUUCACUGAGUGGGCCUUUGUCUCCACAAUUCACUGCAUGCAAUGUCAUUUUUAAAUUAAUAUUUAUUUACACAGUCAUGUAAUUGCUCUAUGUUAUUAAACUAUACAUAACAUCUAUGUAGUAAAUGCUGAAUGUAUCUUUGUAUGAGCUGAAAAUAUGAUUAUAGUUUUUGUGUUUUAAUAAAUACAUGCAAUAAGGUCAGUGAAAAAUAGAA